AUGUCCUCCUUCACCAUCUUCGCCCGCGACGCGCCAUCAUCAACAAAUCACACAAUCAUGACCCUCAUCGCCGUCCUCCUAGUCCUCCUCAUAGUAAUGCUCUGCCUCGUCGCCUCUUUGUUAUUCCUGCGCUACCGCCGCCGAGCCGCCCGAAGACAAAGAGCAGCAACCAAGAGCCUCCCGUCAUACAGCCGCGACAACGAGAAGCGUCUUUCCACCGCCUCUACGGCAUCCACAUCCACAUCCUCCCAUCGACGAGUCAUGGUUCGACCUAACGAGAGCGUGUACGUGUACCAGGAGAAAGUGGCGAUGUUGCAGCCGCCUUCCCCUACGACGGAGGUGCCGGAGAUCCGGAUUACAUUCCCUGAGGAGUUCGAUGCGAGUGGGAAGAGGCAGUCCGGGAGGGUGGUGGUGGUGAAGGUGGGGGAGACGAGUAUUGGGCUCGAGCCUGUGAUGGUGGCGGAGCAGGAGAAGUUGCCGGCGUAUGAGAUGGAAGGGAGGUGGCAGUCGUUGGAUCUGGAGAGGAUUGGGGGGUUGGUGGAGAAGGCGAGGAAUGCGCCGGCGAAGUUCUAA